AUGACUUCGACCGAGCAGACGGUAACGUGGCUUAUUACUCUGGGGGUCCUGGAGUCUCCUAAGAAAAGCGUAUCGGAUCCUGAGGCUUUCCUCCAGGCGUCUCUGCAGGAUGGAGCCGUGCUGUGCAAGCUGCUGGAGCGGCUCAGACCUGGGACGGUGGACAAAUUUUUCCAGGAGCCAAGGAGCGACAGCGAGUGUCAAAGGAACAUUGCGGAGUUUAUAAAGGGCUGCGGAGCUUUCGGUGUGGAGCCUUUUGAAGUGAACGACCUCCUGCAGGGACUGAACUUUUCCAAAGUACUGAACUCCUUAGUCGCUCUUAACAAAGCUACUGAAGAUCUGGGCGCCUCUGGAGACGGUGUGUGCGCGCCGCACUCCUCAAGUUUAAGAAUCAAAUCGUUUGACUCUCUGAACACUCAAAGUCGCUCGUCUAAGCUGCAGCAGCCUCAGUACCGCAGCCUGGACAUGUCAGAUGGCAGCGUGUGUGGCCAGUUGCUGGUCAAAGCGCGUUUUUGCUUCCAGGCGACCAAUGAGGAUGAACUCUCCUUCUCCAAGGGUGACAUCAUCUGUGUGACCAGGCAGGAGGAGGGGGGCUGGUGGGAAGGCUCACUGAAAGGCAAGACUGGGUGGUUCCCCAGUAACUAUGUUCGGGAGCUGAGAGGAAGCGACAAAACAGACAAGCAAAAGUGUGGGACUCUAAAAAGUCCACCAAAAGGUUUUGACACCACCAUCAUCUCCAAGACCUACUAUAAUGUGGUGCUACAAAACAUCUUGGAGGCAGAGAGUGAAUAUUCAAGGGAGCUGCAAAGUCUCCUGGGGACGUACCUUCGCUCCCUUCACCCCACCGACAGACUCAGCAGCGUUGACAUCAAUCAUAUUCAGGGGAAUCUGGAGGAGAUCUCAACCUUUCAGCAGAUGCUUGUUCAAUCCUUGGAUGAACAGACCAAACUUCCAGAGGGCCAGCAGAGAAUCGGAGGUUUCUUUCUGAGUCUGAUGCCUCAGAUGAAGACCAUAUAUUUGGCUUACUGCGCCAAUCACCCAUUUGCAGUCAGCGUGCUCACACAGCAAAGUAAGGAUCUUGAAGAAUUUAUGGAGUCAAAGGGAGCACCUAGUCCUGGUCUCUGGACACUGACAACUAGUUUAAGUAAACCCUUCAUCAGAAUGGAAAGAUACCCAGCGCUGCUGAAAGAGCUGGAAAGACACAUGGAUGAACAACACCCCGACCAAACUGACCUCAAUGCUGCCAUGGCAGCUUUUAAAAGCCUUGCUGCUGAAUGUGAUGAGGUGAGGAAGAAAAAGGGCCUGGAGCUGGAAAUUCUGACGGAGCCAAUCAGAAACUGGGAGGGAGACGAUAUCAAAACUCUUGGCCCGGUUUUACAUAUGUCUCAAGUCAAAGUUCAUACACAAAACUGCCAGGAAUCUGGCGAAUGCUACCUCCUCCUGUUUCCUCACACUUUGCUCAUGAUCUCAGUGAGCCUCAGGAUGAGUGGGUUCAUAUACCAGGGGAAGAUGCCGUUAUCAGGAAUGCUCAUCUCUAGAAUCGAAGAUGGAGAAAACUUGAAGAAUGCUUUUGAAAUAUCAGGCAGCCAAUGUGAGCGCACGCAGAUAGCAUGUAAAACUCAGCGGGAUCUGCAAGACUGGUUGGACCUUCUCACCAAACACACACACACCACUUCACCUCAUGUGCACAAGCCUCAGGCUGUUUAUCACACACUGCCCUCGCAUCCUGUCACCCCCUCCAGACACUCUAGAGGGGAGAGCGGUGGGAGCCCUUACCACACUCUGCCUCAUCCUUCGUCGUAUGGAACAAAUCACAUUAUUAGCCCCAUGUUUGGAAGCCUGGAGCCACCGAGCACUCCCAAACCCUGGACUCUGAGCUGUCUUCGCCCUGCACCUCCGCUAAGACCCUCUGCUGCUCUGUGCUUCAAAGAGGAUGUAAGUAAAAGUCCCAAAAACAAAAGGCCUCUGCUCCCUACGAUAAGAAAACCAGAGAGGAAACCAUCAGAGGAAGAUUUCACUACCAGAAAAAGCACAGCAGCUCUGGAGGAAGAUGCUCAGAUACUGAAGGUGAUCGAAGCCUACUGUACGAGUGCAAAGACUCGUCAGACUCUUAAUUCCACAUGGCAAGGAACUGACCUCAUGCACAACCAUGUGCUGGCUGAGCCCAGCUUCUCUGUGGCUGUGAUCCCCAGUAACCUGCCGUCUUCUGAGCAAUCAGAAGACUCUGAUUAUGACAGUGUCUGGACUUCUCAAAGUCACAGGACCGCCUCGUUUUCCCGCUCCAGCAGGAAAGAUGUUCACAUGUUGUUCCCAGAAGAGGAGAAGAUUAUCGUUGAAGAAACAAGAAGCAAUGGGCAAACUGUAGUGGAGGAAAGGAGCCUGGUGGACACUGUUUAUAGCCUCAGAGAUGAGGUUCAGGAACUCAAACAGGACAACAAGAGAAUAAAGAGGACACUAGAGGAGGAGCAGCGAGCAAGAAAAGAGCUGGAGCGAAUUGUGAGGAGGGUCCUGAAGAACAUGAAUGAUCCAACCUGGGACGAGACUAAUCUCUGAAACCAGUACAGAUCUGAAACGGGGACCAAUUUCUGAAUUUUACGUCAUCAUAUGACGAGAGACGUUAGCUGUGCCGACAGAAGCUGCCAGCAGUUUUUGCCACACUUCAGCAUACGUCCGUUUCAUUCAACUAACCCCUCAAACUAAGCCCUGUGCCAAAUAAUGGACCUAGAACUUGAAGCCAUCUAAACUGAACACGAAGCUUUGAAGCCAUAACAGCUGGUAGAAAUUAGAACAAGACAUUUUGCCCUUAUUCUCUUCUUCUUAACUCUUAUUAGACUGUUUUUUUUUUGUUUCUUUAUCAGUGUUCCUGCCUUUCCUUUGACUGGUCGUAUAUAAUUUCUUGUAUUCAAGGAAAGUAUUGUUAUCUACACUUUGUGAAUUAAUAGGACGGUUAUACAUAGAUUCCAACUUGGAGAAACAAACAAUAACUUAUUUUAUUCACUCAGGAUGCAUUUAAAGGGUUUGAUACACAACUUAAAACUUCAGUCUUUUUAAGGAAUUUAAAAUUCAUUUUACCCUUGAUUUUCUAUGAACGUCUAAGGACUAAAAUUAUAUUUAAAGGUUCAAAUAUAUACAUACACCAAAAUAUUGUUAAAAAUCCCUGUGCAAUUAUACUAAGACCACAAAUGCUCGAUACGACAUCAUCUAUUUUUUGAAACUAUAUAGACAGAAAUGGAAUUUAUAGAGGAGGACAUAUGCACCAAAGGUCCCUUUACAAUUCUGCCAGAGAGUUGUUUACGGCUACUAAAGUAUUUUAAGCUGGACUCUCUAAGAGCUCUCUGUCAAGAUUACAGCAACUCCAAAUGAUUUCAAUCUUCCUGAUUCAAUUCUUGCUUUUAAAAAUCAUAAAGUUUCCUGCUGCAUAUUCAGUCCUGGGAGAAGGAGAUCAUGUGGUUCUAUUAGGAAUGUGUUUGAACUUCUGAACUGUGUAUUUCAACUUUUCAUGGACUAUUGAAGCAUUGCACCUUAAAAGAACUGACAAGCCAGCUGUAAGGUUACACCAAACGGAUUAUAAAUCAGUAAAUGAUGAACCAGCAUGUAUAAAGACUAUUUAGCUUUAAAAAAACAUAAAACAAAAACCUUUUAAAUUUUGGGUUUUAGUUAGGCCUGGGCAAUUAAUUGCAUUUGUAAUAUAAUCACAAUUUAGAAAAAUAUAAUUUUUUUUUAAUUGCAGAGUGACAAAUUUUUUUUAUCACAAUUAACAAGAGUAAAACACUAAAUUUCUCCCUCCAGCCCUUUAGGUGGCAGUAAAAGUGUGUAUGCACUGCACAGAAGAGUAGCAGCUACAACCUAGAUUAAUGCAUUAUAGUAGAAGUAAGGACUUGUUUUUGCAAGUUUAACAGUAAAGUCCUGCAACACUGAAAUCAGGCUUUCAAGGUCAUGAAAAAACUGAAACCUUGGAGUAAAACAUAGACAUAGUUGUGCUUAGUGCAAAGGAUUAUCGCAAUAAAAUCGCAAUAUUGGUUGAAAAUAAUUGCAAUUAUGAUUUUUGGCAAAAUUGUUCAGCCCUAGUUUUAAUUGUAACCAGAUUAUGUUUUGGGACCAAAAAAAAGUAGAAUAAAUGAAUUUUAUAUAGCAGGAACUUAGAAUACUUUUUAGGAUUUUAAUGACCUUUACCUGAACUUAUUAACUUUUAAAGCAUCUAAAUAAACGUUUGGGCUUUAGAAUAACUCAGGAUUUUAACAUAACUGACAUUUUUUUCCUGCUCAAAAUAAACACAUAUUUAUUAUUUUAUAAUUCAAGCAAUAUUAAAAAGGUGCUUAAAAUGUUAUACCAACCUCCACUGCCUCUUAAGCAAACACUUUUUCAUCAGUUUGCUGUUUUUCUGUCCAAGUUUUAGGUCAGUGGAUUACUUCUAGCUAUCAAUAACUCGAUAAAUAGAUAAAAAGACAUGAUUUUUACUUGGGUCACACUCUAGAUAAACCACUAAAUGGAACAUUUUUCUCUACUUUUGUGAAAAACUGAAUAUUUCUCAGAUGUUAUUAAAGUGCUUAAGUGUUUAGAGAUUUCCAUAAACUGUUCCAAAGUGCAGGUUUGUCUAAUAUUGUCAAUUUAGUAUCUGAAACGUCAAAUUCUGACUCACUUGUUUGAGUCAAACAAUGGGAUUUUGUCAAUCAGAAGUUUUUCUCUGCAAAACCAAAGUUAAAGCAAUACUACACUGGAAAAUUUCUCUAUUUAUGAUGUCAUUAUGCAAUUUAUUGUAGAAUUUAUUCAAUUUUUUUUUUAUUUGUAUCUUUUUUUAAAACUUUUGCUUUUAUUGUAAAUACCUGUUUUAUACUUGACCUUGGCUCGCUACAUCAGAUCUCUUCUAAAGAGUAGUUUCUCUUGGAUUUCUACCAGUUUAACCCAUGUGUGAUUAGCUAUAUGAUCAAUUAUGGCAGUGAUUAACUCUAUCUUAUGUAUUUAUCUGUAACUGCUGUAAAUGUCUCAUGUGAACCUGUAUUGAUGAUGAUUGCAAAGGUUAUAAUAACUGUCAAUCUUUAUUUAUUUCACCUGUCAGACCGUCAAUGAAGUUCUAAAUCCAAAUGAAAACUUUAGUCU